UCGGUAAAUUCAUAGAAAAUUUUGUGGUUCUACUAGAAUCUAGCCUAACAAAACGUGUUCUACUGCCCGUGUGUUUUUUCUCUUUUUGGGUUUCCUGUGAUUAGAUAAAAACCGAGAGGGUCCUGGUACAUAUCCAUUGCGUUCUGGGAAUGCGAAACCGGAUGUUUUGGCGAAACUGCAUCGUCCACAAAAUAUGGUGACUUGAUAUUUGGAUUUCUUCCAGAAAAUCUUCGACAUAUUUCUCAUCAUGCCUUCUGGCGGCUACUUUACUACCGGUGGUAUUCUAGCAUUCAUGCUUCUUGCGGUAAUUCGGGGCUCUUUCUCGCCUGCGAUCUAUUUUGCAGUACAUGCUUAUCGUUCUCCGAGCCUAGUUUUCUUGCUGCGAACCCCAGGUACCAUUUUCCUCUAUCUUGUGACUGUACUAUUCCUGAGUAGACGAUCGAAUGGAGUCGUACAAGGGCUAAGGCACACUUCAGGGAGUAUUUCCUCGCUAUGGCGGUGUGCAGUGAUGGGCUUGUUACACUUAGCCGCGCCGUAUCUAUUGUUUAUGUAUGCUCUGAAGAUACUCAAUCCUACCGUUGCUGGGGUAUACAUGGCGGCCGCUCCAUGGCUAAGUACCGUUAUCGAGAGAUUGCCUUGUAUUCAGCACAAGCAAAGUCUAACAGCAGUCAAAGUGUUUGCAAUGAUUCUUGGCUUCAGCGGGGUGAUCAUGGUGUCUGUUGCUGAUGGGGUGUUGGCCUUGACGUUUGGCAUUGUUCCUUGCCCGCUUACCUCUCAUGCAAUCAAUGCUUCCCAACACCAGAACUCCUCACAGAUUGAAGGUCAUACAAACUGUGGUCCUUUUACCCAUGCUCAAGUAAUAACAGCUAUGUUAGCCCUUAUUGGAGGGGCACUGCUAUGGGCAAUAAGCUCAGUAUUUUGGAAGGCCAAGAAUGAAGAUAUACACUACACUGUGGCUGGUAUCUGGAAUAAUCUUUUUGCAGGACUCUAUGGCUUGGUGAUUUUUGGCCUCAUGUUUAUUUUUGAACCCUUAAAUAAGGUACAGUGGCUGACCAAGGGGGGUAACAUAUCUAUACUCUUCCUGACUGUCAUGUGCGGCUGGUUAGCAGCUAUUAUUGUUGACUAUCUUUACAAAGCAGUUGGACCAGUGUCGACCAACAGGGUGAUUUGCCUUGUGCCACUACUCACUUGGCUGGAAGAUUGGAUGUUCAUCAGGCAUUUUUCCAAUAACAUUGAUACUCCAGUUAUUGUUUUAGAAGUCUUAGGCCUUGUGCUGGUAUUUGUUGGCCUGGUUUCCUCAAGUUUAGAAACCGAAGGCUUUAGAAGUUCCUUACGGACCCCUCUCUUAGACCCAGCUCAGUAUCAGAGGUCGGAUGAGCCAUUCCGGGAGGACAUCCCACCGGACAUGGAUGACUUGGUAACAUCAGAAGAAGAAGUUGAGAAUGACAACAACUCUAGACCUCACUCACGGCUUUCUCACUUGCACACCAAUGAAGACCUCUUUCCGCCACUUGUUGAGGUCACUGGUGACUGUAAACCAUGAUAUUAAAUGUUUAGUAGGAAAGAGAUGUGUUAGACUUUGUUGACCUUUCGUGGUCAGAGCAAUUUAAAGAUAUUUGAAAAAGAAAGCAAAACAUUAAAAGCAGAGAAGUAAUGUAUACCAUCCGCCUGUUAGGGGCAAGAUGAAAAACUGCUCCCUGGGUAAUAGACCAUCAUAAAACCGGGUAGCUUAGGUAAUACCAGGCAAAGAAAACUUAUGCUGCAUUCACACCAAAACCAUGUUUAGUACAAGGUUUUUCUUUGCCUUAUAACUUGCCAAGUUUCUCAUUGUGUUGAAUUCUUUCUAUCUAAAUGAUCACUUAGUAACAUGUACAGCAGAGUGUAUCCUGUUUUGUUCUUGGGUCUGUCCACUCUUGGGAGAUUGAGAUUUAAACCAGUUUAAUUAAAACACCUUAAACUGGUUUAAGUGCUGGUGUGAAUGCAGUAUUAGAUUAUUAAAUAUGCGGCAAACCCUGUAGCCAGUGUGUGUCACAGUCUAAUUAAAAUACAGAUAAAUUGC